AGAAGGAAGAGCUUACGAAAAAAACAAAGCUGGCCAUUGAUCAUAAAACCUGUGAAUCCUCCGCCAAUCCAAUCUCAGAUGUUACCACCACCUGGAAACUUUGCUUGCCUCCUCCAAGUGCAAGUUGCUGUUGUCCAGUUACAGGCAACAGUGUUAGCCACUCCACCACGAUGCCAUCCAACAGCUCUUUGGACCUUUUAUUUGCUCCAGAUGCGGCUGAAGGACCCCUUCUCCUUGAAAGCCGCCGACAUGACUAAGCGGACUAAUAAACCGAGAAAACCUCGAGAUGAGGAAUCAUCAGAUGAAGUCAGCGGACUGACUUGCCAGCAUGUGAGUAGAGCAGUGGACUUGAACUCAGUAAAGAAAUCAGUCCUCUCGAGUGUGUGGUCGGUAUGCUCAGAGUGCCUAAAGGAAAGGACAAUGAUUGAUGGCGAGCCAGCAGCCUCUCAGGACAUUCUGGUGUGCCUAAAGUGUGGUUUUCAGGGCUGUAACCAGUCAGGGAUCCAGCAUGUUGUGAAGCAUCAACAGGCUUUCCACCCAGAGUCACACUGCAUCACCAUCAGUUUGAGCACAUGGAAGGCCUGGUGUUUUGAAUGCAGUGAAGAGCUCUCGACUCAUUGCAACAAGAAGGCUUUGGCUCAGAGCCUGGACUUUUUACAAAAGCACUCUGUCAAGGCAACAUCAGCAGUAUCACCCAAGAUCAUAAAACUCAGAGAAGAACCACCAGAUUAUGCUGACCCGCCAAAAGGCAAGAGCUCAGUCAGCAGUGCUUUGGUCCCUGUUAAGGGAAUCAAUAACCUUGGCAACACCUGCUUCUUCAAUGCUGUUAUGCAGAACCUGUCCCAGACACACAUGCUCAUUGACCUUAUCCAGGAAGUGAAGGAGAAGGGGUACAAAUUGAGGAUCUGCCCCCCUCCAGAGACAAAUCUGAGUCCACUAACAGUAGUGCUGCCCAGUCCAGAACCCUUGACUGCUGCCAUGUUUGCCUUCCUCCACAACAUGAAGGAUCCAGGGAAAGGCUGUGUCAAUCCCAAAAUCCUCUUCAACCAACUCUGCCAAAAAGCUCCAUGCUUCAAGGGCUACCAACAACAAGACAGCCAGGAGCUUCUGCACUACUUACUGGACUCCAUACGAGUAGAAGAAACUAAAAGGGUGAAAGCGGGCAUUUUAAAGGCGUUCAACAACCCCACAGAGAAGACAGCGGACGAGGAGACCAAACGCCAAGUCAAAGCAUACGGGAAAGAAGGUGUGAAGAUGAACUUUGUCGACCGCAUCUUUGUCGGCGAGCUCACAAACACAAUCAUGUGUGAAGAGUGCGAGCACAUAUCCACAGUAAAGGAAGCCUUCAUUGACAUCUCUUUGCCCAUUAUAGAGGAGAGGAUAUCAAAACCUUCCAACCCUGGUAGGCUGGGGAAGGGCACCCGGGAGCAGGAGAGCCACACAGCUCACGGUGAGCAGGUUCCUUCUGCAGCGCACUCUGCCAACAGAAAUACCAGGAAGCUGAGCGGACAGAAGCAACAGAGCAGGAGGUCUUCCAGCUCUGUGGAGGAGAAAGGAGCAGGCUUUAGUGGGGACCGACCAGAGGAUGAAGGCGUUGCAGGUGGAUCAGCCCACUGCGUCUCAGUUUGUAAGAUGGCGGCUGCCAGCAGCCUGUCGGACGGCAGCGAGAGAGACUCGGGUGCUCAAGACAGCAGCAAUGACGCUGACAGCGAGGCCUCUGAGAGCGAGUGGACGCCACGUUCCUCCAUCCAGAGCCACAGCCACAGGCACAUGUCUACCCCAUCAUCCACCUCCACCCUCACUCCGUCCCCUACGCCUGUCUCCGCCUCAUCUCCUCCUUCAUCGUCUUCCACAAGGCAAGGCGGCGCUGUAGAACAGCUAGUUAGCGCCGUCUCUAAAGUCAACCUGAGCUUCAGCUCUGGGGACUGCUCUCCAUCCACACACUGUUCUCCAGAGGAGCACGGAGAAACACAGAGCCGAGACAAUCUCCACCAUCAGCACCACCAGGGGGCCUUCCAGGCUCUGUCCCACAGUUACACACCCAGUUCCAAGGAGUGCUCCAUCCAGUCCUGCCUCCACCAGUUCACCUCUGUGGAGCUGUUGAUGGGCAACAACAGGCUGCUCUGUGAGAGCUGCACUGAACGUAGGAUGAAGCAGCUGCGCAAGAGCAGCUCAGCAGAUAAGAAAGUGGAGAAGGUUUACACCAGCGCUAGGAAGCAGAUGCUCAUAUCCUCACUGCCUCCUGUCAUCACAUUGCACCUUAAACGCUUCCACCAGGCAGGGAUGAACCUCCGUAAGGUGAACCGCCAUGUUGACUUUCCUCUGAUCCUGGAUCUGGCUCCUUUCUGCUCUGCGUCCUGCAAGAACCUGGCAGCCGGUGAGCGUGUCCUCUACAGCCUGUAUGGGAUUGUCGAACACAGUGGCUCAAUGCGUGGAGGCCACUACACUGCAUAUGUAAAAGUGCGCGCUCCACAGAGGAAAACCGAACAACAGCACAAGAACCUGUCAGGUGCGAGGGACACCUGCAGCAGCUCCCAGGGCCAGUGGGUGUAUGUCAGCGAUACCACAGUUCAGAUGGUACCAGAGUCAAGGGUACUCAACUCUCAGGCAUAUCUGCUCUUCUAUGAGGAAAUCCUCUAACAUGACAGGAGAAAGUAUUUUAUCUCUAGAAAACCUCCUUUUGCUUUGUGUUGUUUUUGCAGAAGCCUGUAAACUCCUCUUACUGUAUCUUUGGGUGUUUUGGAGGCAAGAAAAGGGAAGGAUUUCACUGUAUACACCUUUGUAUUACUUAAAUUGGCACCUUUAAAUAUUGUAGAUGUAUAAAGGAUAAAAGGAUUUUAUUUUGUGGCUUAGAGAUUUUCAUUCAUGUUCUGUUUUUUAUUACUAUUAUCAUCAUUACUAUGAAAAGCCUGCUCUUUAAAAAGAGGCUAGGUGAAAACCAGAGUGUUAUUGAACCUGAGCUGUUCAAAUGUUACAGUCUGUCUCAGCCACAGUCACGUGCCUGAGAUGUAAAAUGCAUGAUAGUUUACUACAAUAACUAACUGGAAACAAGCAGAAUUUUACUGCAUGCUAACCUGUACCCGGCGCCUAUGAGUUGGUGUCGGCUGCGUGUAUUUGUGUGGGUGAGUGAGAGACCGGUGAAUGUAGUUUGAAGGUGCUGUGUACCAUUUUCACAUCAGUAAAUGAUCGCCAGCUUAAAUCAGACUUGGUAGUCUGGUUGUGUUAUGAAUGUAAAGGCUCCGCACAAAAUAUUUGAAUUGUGAGGCAAUGGCUUCAGUGAGAACGUGAUCAUUUGUGACAGUAAAGACGAAUAUAGACGAGGAGGAGCCGAGAAGCAGCAUUCUGUGGAGUUCACUGGAAUCUGUGUUUGUACAUUUGAGACAUCCAGUCUGAAAAAUCAGCCUUGGCUCUGUUGACGCAGGAUACACACUGGCUUAACAUACUGACUGAAGUUGCCACACAGCACCUUUAAAGGAGUAGCACAACAUUAUUCUACUUCAGCCUUUUUCAAAAGGAUUGCUUUCUUAAAAUCAGAAUGUAUAAAUGUCUGACUAUCAGUGAAUUGAAUUUGCCAAAGACAAGUUUGUUUGUUUUUUUUUAUUUCAGCUGCAAUUUUGAGCAGAGUUUCUUUAACAUACUCUCCCUCAAGGUCAUCGGUGUAGUUCUCCCCCCGCAGGCAGGCGCACUUGAUGUUUAUCGCAUCAACAAAGCACUUUUUCUGCCUUCAUUGUAUUUCAGCUCCACCCAAACACACGAAAGUGUCAGACAAACAGUCAGCACCACAACAGACUUGCUCUUCAUUCUCUAAUGCCAUGAAUAAGCUUGAGCAUUAAAAAGAAGAAGAAAAAUUAGAGAAACAUGUUAGAAAACAGUUUAAAGGCUUUAAAAAAAGGCUAAUAAGAAAAACCUCUUUCUGUAAUGUGCAUGGGUUGAUGUUCUAAUGAAUGUAUUGCCUAUUCUUCAAAUGUCCAUGACAAAUGACCUGUUUUUUUUUUUUUUCUAUGAAAAUAUUUUAGAUUCAACUACUUUUAUUUCUCCUGCUUUGCCCAACGAUUAGAAAGAAAAGAGUUCAACGUAUGCAUCAGAGUUUAUGAUUUAUGUUCACCUGCGACAGAAAAAAUACAAAAUCUGUGCCUCUCUUCACGGUUAAGAAACCUGUGCAUGGUGAGAAGACAACUUGCAAUCAUAUACAAAGAGGGAUAUGCGUGGUAUUUAUGUACAGUAUUGCUUACUGUAAGCAAAAACAGUACUGAGUGUAUGUAAUUGUACAUAUAAGACUAUACAAAACUCAUGGUGCUCCAGGCGUGCAGGGUUUCCUUCCUCAAGACAAAUUCUUGCUCCCAGAAGAAGAUUUAAAUUUGCUUAUGGAAUGAACAUAAAACAUAAUGUAUGAAAAUAAACAUAAUUUAUGAACAGUA